CACGGGUGGGAAGCAACCACAAUCGAACACAUCGACCGCCUCUUCAACUUGACAUAAAGUUCUUUCUUUACUCCCUCCACUGCUUCAUCGCUCCUCACUCCUCACUCGCCGAUCCAUCGCCAGCUCAUACACAAUGGCUGAUAAAGAGGUCACUCCUCCUGCCGCUGCCACUGCUGCUGCCGUUCCUGCCAGCAGGGCAUCUUUCUUCCCAAGACUCACACUCGUCCAAUGGUUCGUCCGGUUGAUACCCGCCAUGAUCUUCGGCAUCUACGCCUACUCGAAGAGGGGCCCCUUCCUGCCUCCGACUUGUGCCAGCCUCGGUGUCAACUGUCCCCAAGCCCCACUUCACCUCGAAGGCAUUCUUGAGCGGCCCGAUCACUACGGACAGGUUAUCAACUACUACGCCAGUCUCUUUGCCAAGAAUGAGGACCUCGGAGGGUCGUUUGCGGUCCUUGUCGAUGGUCACCAGGUCAUUGAUGUCUAUGCAGGAGCCAAAGACCUCGCCCGCACGGUUGUGUACGAUAACAGGACGCUGCAACAGGUCUAUUCAUCCGGAAAGGUUGUCGAGGGCAUUGUGAUCGCCAGACUAGUGGAGCAGGGCAGACUCGACUAUGAGAAGCGCAUCGCGGACUACUGGCCAGAAUUUGCUCAGAACGGCAAGGAAGACGUUCGGUUGGUGGAUCUGAUGACUCACGAAUCAGGCGUGCCUUUCCUGGACAAUGAGGACAAGGCCGAGAUGUACUUGUGGCCCCAUCUUGCGGAUGAGGAAAAGUUCUCGGACCGCCUCGCACGCCAGCCGCAUCUGUUCAAUGGCGAGAAGACCAGGGCAUACCAUGCCAUCACCCGCGGAUGGUACCUGAAUGAGAUUGUCCGUCGCGUCGAUUCCAAGGGUAGGACGAUCGGUCAGAUCGCAGAGCAGGACUUGAUGGUUGACUAUCCCGAUAUUGAGUUAUACUACUCCAAGCUCCCCAAGGACUCUGACUGGGAAGAGCGCCUCUCCGUGAUGCAUGACUAUCCGCUCUUGAGGACUGUCGGUCGUUUGCUGGUGCCCAGGUUCAUCCAGACCAACAAGUAUUUUGGUCACCCCAAUAUCCUUCCUCUCGGCAACAUGUUCAAGAGCCUGGUCCUUGGCCAGUUCUCUGGUCAGGGUCUACCAUCAUUGACUAUGUUGCCCAAGUUUGCGCCCUGGGCCCAUGACUUCCGUACCAAGGAGGUCCAUGCCAUCGAGAGUACCAGCUUCUCGCUGAAGACCAAUGCUCACUCUCUUGCAAAAUUGAUGUCAAUGAUGGCGAACAAGGGUUCCUCGAUCCGUCCGGGCCAAGAACCCGACCUCAUGAGCACUGAGACCUACGCAAAGGCCACGGCCUUUCACGCUCAAAAGCCAGACGAGGUCGUAGGUGAGACUCUGCCGCUGUCGGUUGGGGGUUGGGUCAAGACGCGCAAUUUCUACGGUGAUGGUCCAUUGAAGGAUAUCGAAGUCCAGGGCUGGUCCGGUGCGGGCGGGUCCUUGUGUGUUUGGAUCGAGGAGCUCAACAUUGGGUUUGCUUACGUGACCAACGCCUUUGGACCGCCCGAGACUACCCUGGGCGAUUAUCGUUCAAGGAUUCUGUUGGACCGUGUUGCGUAUGCUAGAAAGGAUGAACUGGGAUUGCUCCAGAAGGCAACCAAAAAGUAGCGCUGUAUUGUGAGAAGACCUUGGAAAAAUAAAAUGAUCUAUCU